AUGACGGUCAAGUGGUCAGGCAGCGGAGCGACUACUCCCAGCAAUGACAGCCAGAUUUUCGACGACGUCGAGAAAGGCCUGAGGCCUAUUGCCGUCGAGAACCUCCCGUCACCUGUCUCACCAAUCCAUGAGGGCAUUACACCAGCUUCGAGCUUUCCCGCCCUGUCGCAGACUCUGCUACCAGUCUGUCAUUUCCAGGACAAGAAUCCUGCCCCUGGGCCGCCUGCUUUCAAACCUACCACAACCGUUCAACCUCGACCGAAACCCAGUCGCUGGAUUCUCUUUCGACUUUGGUUCAGCGCCUAUCGAAAGUUCUUCACCUUCAUCGUGGCUCUCAACUUGACCGGCAUCAUCUUGGCAAUACUUGGUCGUUUCCCCUACGCGGAGCACCAUCUCGGCGCUCUCUUGCUUGGUAAUCUUCUCACCGCCGUGUUGAUGAGAAACGAGCUUUUCCUAAGGUUUCUCUACUUCAUCUCUAUCUACGGCCUUCGCAGCUGGGCACCGAUCCGCUUCAAGAUUGCAGUAACAUCAGCCCUGCAGCACGUUGGGGGGAUACACUCUGGUUGUGCGCUUUCCGGCGCUGCCAAUCACCACAACACCUUUGAAAGGCACCAUCGCUUCAUCGGAUGGCUUGGCCUGGCAGCCACGUGGUGCUUUACCAUUCUCGGCAACGUCUAUGACAUCAAGCGCGGAGAGUGGAGGUCGGACGCUCACUCGCUCCUCAGCGCACAGGAGCUGUGGUUUGCUGUUUUCAUGACCGUCUUCAUUGCCAUACCUUGGAUCACACUACGGAAAGUUCCUGUCGAGGUCGAGAUUCCGUCACCCAAAGUCGCGAUCCUCAAGUUCGAGCGCGGCAUGCAGCAAGGCCUCCUAGGCAGGAUCAGCCGUACUUCCAUCAUGGAGUAUCACGCGUUCGGCAUCAUCAGCGAGGGCCGCAAGUCGGGCUGCCACUACAUGAUCUGCGGCGUGCAGGGCGACUUUACGAAAGGCCUCGUGGCCGAUCCGCCGAAGACGGUGUGGACGAGGGAGCUCAAGUUCGCCGGAGUCGGUCACGCGUCCGCCAUGUUCAAGAGGGGUAUCCGAAUCUGCACGGGGACCGGCAUCGGCGCCGCGCUGUCGACUUGCAUCCAAAGCCCCAACUGGUUCUUCAUCUGGAUCGGGUCGGACCAGGAAAAGACAUUCGGGCCUACGAUCAGUGGUCUCAUCCACAAGCACAUUGAGCCCGAUCGCAUGAUCCUCUGGGACUCCAAGAAGCGGGGCGGCCGGCCAGAUACCCUGCAGCUCCUGCAAGGCGUCUACAAGAACUUCGGCGCUGAGGUCAUCUUCAUAACGUCCAACAAGCAGGGCAACGACGAAAUGAUGCAGGGCUGUCUUGCUACUGGCAUGAACGCAUUUGGCACGCUGUGGGACUUUUAA